UUGACAGUAGAGUGUUAGGAUAGGUCAGGGUUCUGGGUGGGAGGGAAGAGCUCGCUGCAUGACGCCCGUCCUGACAUCACUUAUACUAGGGUAUGCUGAGAGGAACCGUUACGUUAAUAUGAAGCCAGAGCGGCUCGCUUGAGCUGCACCGAUACUUACAGCUGUCGCUGAGGCAUUCAACUUGGAGCAAGCCAUGCUGAGAGACUGAAAACGGGAGAAAGACGGGGGAAAUGGACUUUCAGACAUUUUCUUGCUUUCAAGUGCACGGAGAUACCGGACAAAUUGCUUCUAAUUCUUUACGGUGACUUGCACCACUCAGGAAUCUAUCGACACAACAUCUUGUAAGUUUUCAGCGUGCAAAGAACAAAGAUAGGCUAUACAUAUUCAGCCGACAAUUCGUUUAUCAGCGCUUUCAUUCUUUUCCUGAAAACUUGUGAAGACCGUGAGGGGAAAUUGGCACAUUGCCGCACGCUGCUGCGCGCUCUCUGGAGAUUUAUAUUUAAAGCCUAUAGUGCUCCGUGGAGGCUUGUGCAUCUGGGUAACCUAGAUUUAUACAUUUAAAAAUAUUUGUUUUGUAAACUUUUGAUAAGACUUAGAUUGGCGUAAUUAAAAUAGUACUAUAUGUAAAGUUUUAAUCUCAUAUUGAUGCGCAAAAUUUCAUACGUUUUACAUUAAUUUUACAAUUAAUUGUACAGUGCCACGCAUGCUACCUUAGCUUCUAUUAAUCUGUUGUUUUAUUUAUUAUUUUUAUAUUUUUCCACAAGUCAUUUUUAUUGGCUUUAAUAUAUUAAAAGUAAGUGAUAGAAAAGUUUUAAAUGACGUUUAUUCUCAGUUUAUUGUCAAGAGAAUACAGUCACAGAAAUGUGACUCAAGGGGUGGCUAAACGAUCUUUAUAGAUGUUAGCCAUGUAUUCAUUCUUUUAAUUUAGUUUAAAUUAUAUUUAUAUGUAUCUUAUGUACCCAAAGUAAAUCUCAUUUUAUUAAAAAUCUACCCGAAUUAGCAUAACGUUUGAGAGAAGCAGUCCACCUGCACCGUCAGUGGCUGCGCUUUGGCAGUCAUGGAGAGCGCGUGCUCUGCAGGCGCAGGUCUGCCUGGCAAUAACAUCAACAGCACCGGAGGCACUUCAUCACCAACCUGUAACCAGAGCUUGCUCAAAUUCUCCCCAUACUCUCCAGAAGCCACAGCAGGGUUUGCGACGGCCAUCACGCUGAUGAUUAUUUUUACCAUUGUGGGCAAUAUUCUGGUCAUCAUUGCCGUGUUAACCAGCCGCUCACUCAGAGGACCCCAGAAUCUGUUCUUGGUCUCUCUCGCAGCCGCUGACAUCUUGGUGGCCACGCUUAUCAUCCCAUUUUCACUGGCCAAUGAGUUGAUGGGGUACUGGUAUUUCCGCUCCGUAUGGUGUGAGAUUUACCUAGCACUGGACGUGUUAUUCUGCACUUCCUCCAUAGUGCACCUGUGUGCCAUUAGUCUAGACCGUUACAUGUCCAUCUCACGUGCUGUAACGUACGGUGCCCAGCGGACGCACAAAAGCAUCAAAUGUGCCAUUCUGGUGGUGUGGCUGAUCUCGGCAGUCAUCUCCUUCCCACCCCUCCUCUCCAUGAACAAGAAUAAAGGUGGGGCGGAUGCACACGGGGGGCCACAGUGUCAGCUCAACGAAGAGCGCUGGUACAUCCUGUACUCUACCAUUGGUUCCUUCUUUGCACCUUGUCUGAUAAUGAUAUUAGUCUACAUGCGAAUCUACCAGAUCGCCAAACAGCGCACGCGUUGUCCACCAGGGGAGCCCCGGAAGGAAGUCCCAGCCAGUGCCACCACGCCUCAGCACAAGGGGCAGCAAAAUGGGACAGGAGAGGAAAUACCUGCUACCCCACAGAAAACCCCCAGAAUGGUGAGGCCUCCCACCCUAGCUGUGUUUCAAGUGGAUUCCGUUCAGCUGUGUGAAACGAAGCCCAACCUAACCACCAACAAUCUCCUGCAGCCUCCCUCAUCAGCCCCGACACCGACCACCCCGCAUUCAUCUCUGUGCCCUUCCCCCUCGCCUUCCAACUCAUCCAAUAUUGUUCGUAAAAAAUCGAAAGACGGAAGAAAGGAGAAAAAGCCCAAUAAAGAACCUGACAACAAUAACGGUGAAAGCCUGAGCUCUGACUCGGACACAGAGCAGGGAGGACGGGGGGUAGAGGUGCCCUGCACCCCCAUCAUGACACCCAGCGGAAUCCAUUCCCCUGCCACAAUUCAGAAAUACAGAGACAUGAUAGCCACAGCCAAAGGUGCAAAGCUGGUGGCACGGAAGACAAAGCAUGAAGGAACGCCCAACUCGGCACGCCGCAAAGCCAUGGUGAACCGAGAGAAACGCUUCACCUUUGUAUUAGCCGUUGUGAUUGGCGUAUUUGUCAUCUGCUGGUUUCCCUUUUUCUUCUCCUACAGCCUCCAGGCUGUGUGCCCAGAAACCUGCGCCCUCCCAGAGCCCCUCUUCAAGUUCUUCUUCUGGAUCGGCUACUGCAACAGCUGUCUCAAUCCCGUCAUCUACACCAUCUUCAACAAAGACUUCCGAAGAGCCUUCAAAAAGAUCCUCUGUGAGAAAACCAAAGGCACAUUUUUCUGAACGUCCUGAAGUGGAUUGUCUGGAUAACAAACGUACAGCUAUUCAGAACACUACAGAAAAAGACUACAAACCACAAUGACACACAAUGAUGCCGCUGUUGCGAAGGGCUUUUUGUGUUGCCCAGUUAACCAAGGACAAAACGCUACUCAUGUGUCAAAUGACAAGUGACUAUUUCGUCAGGAUUCCAGGACUUAUGUUAUUAAAUGGGGCUUAUCCCAAAAUAUUUGCCGGGGGGAUGGGGGUUGCACAGACGAACCAUGGCUUAAAAGAAUUUGAGACUAUUUCACACUUACAAAGCAAAGAUUGUUUUUUUACUUUGCUUUUCUAAGAAAACCAUGUCUUAAGGAUAAUGCAAAUAUGUAUUUCUGUUGGGUUUUUAAUCCAACCAGUUACACGGAGCUAAAACAUACACUUUCCAUCCCGAUUAGUCUAUUUCAUGCCUAUACAGCAUUAUGUCUGAGGAACACAAAAAGAAGAGUUCACAAUAUUCCAGAGGAACUCCUUGCCCAGGGCAAUGUGUAUGCAAUGAGCUGAUGCAAAUAACAUUAAAGCUUCUAGUUACAGAUCCUCCCUUAGGAGCACAUGUCUCCUUCUCCUCUGAUGCAGACAGGCUUUGUGAAUACAGAACACCUGUCAUGAAUGGUUAAAGACCUUCAUGUCUCCAUAUGAAGUCACUAAGGUUUGGACAUGGACACAAUGAAAAAAGUCAUGGGAACAUUGUUAAAGGAAAAGUUCAUUUCAAAAUCAAAAUAGUUUUAUUUUUUACUCGCCCACAUGACGUUCAACAUGUUUUAAGACCUCCCGGCGUCUUCGGAACACAAAUAAAGAUAUUUAGGUGACAUCCGAGAGAUUUCCAGGCCUCCUCACAGACAUCAUGGUUAUAGUUGAUGUCAAGGUCCAGAAAAGUACUUAAGACAUCGUUAAAUUGGUCCAUCCGCUCAUAGUGGCUCAAUAGUAUUUUUUUGAAGCGACGAGAAUGCUUUAUGUGCGAAAAACAAACCAAAAUAAAGACUUUAAUCGAUAUAUUCUCCUCUGUCUUGUCAGUCUAUGGUGCGCGUUCAAGACUUUGACGCAUGCGCAUUGCAAUUUUACACAAUACACAAUUUUGAUUUAGAGAUGAACUUUUCCUUUAAAUAUAUUACAGACUGUCCUUUUGUACCUUUUCCUUUAAUCCAGAUAUUUUGCAACUUUAAAAAUACAUCUUCUAUAAUGUAAACUUUUGUGACUGUGUCAAGAAAACACCUCCUGAUUUGUUGGACUGGUUUGGAGGCGUGUUCUGACUCAGUCCGGCACUUUUCUUUGUACAAAGGAACAACUGAACACUUGUUGGUAUUAAUUGAUCUACCACACCCUAAAUGUCUGAACAUUCAGCAGGGUGAUACUUUGGGACUAAGGGCUGAUAGCAAUGAUUCUUUCUUUUUCUUUGGUCAUUAUCUUUUCGCUGAUGAUCGCUUGUGUGUGUGGGUGAGCGUGUGUUUCAGUGUAAAGCAAAUACUGUGAAUAGGUAUGUGUUGAGUCUGACUGGCAUGUAUGUUUGCUGAUGUGUGGUGUGUGUGAAAGGGUGUGCGGAUGUUGUUGUGCGGAUCCGCUUGUGUGAUUCCCUUGGCACUGAUUGGGCUAUAUAUGUAUGUGCUUGAUAAACGUGGCUGGUAUGCCAUAUCUGCCAUCACAUGCCAGCGCUUAUUAUUCAGCUACUUUUUGUGCCAAUGCUUUGACAUGUUUUGCUGCUAAACUCAUUUAGUAUUUUCUCAAACCAACAAUACAGAGUUUGGGGACUGGCCACAGUGACGUUUUUUUUCCAAAUAAUCUUUAUAUCAAGAUAAGAUUGCAGUUCAUUUUGAACUGGUCAUUUUGAAUUAAGAAGCAGUUCUAAUCUGAAAGAUGUAAAUUAUUUUGGUUACGUGAAUGAUCUGGUAUUUAUUUCUCCUUCUGUUUCCUGUUGUUUCCCUUUUCUCUUUUCCCAAGGGGAAAGUAGACAUUUGAGGAGUUUUAGUUGCAACAAUUAAAACAGAUUAUUUAAAAAAUAUUCCAGCACUGUAAAAUUUUACUAUUUGUUUUUUUGGUACCUGUUAGGAUGUUGCAUUUUGAAUGCAUUCUCAAAAGCUUUGCGAUUUACAGAAUUUUACCAACCGUAUCUCCUGUAAUGCUUUUGGUUUUUCAACCCUCCGUAAAAUAAAACCGUUGAGCUGUGUAUGCCAACUGACUCAUUGCUGUUUG